UGGGAGCCAUGAAUUUCCCAAGUUAGCCUCACCAACCCCCGCCAUCGCUGGAACCUCAUCAUAUAUUUAUUUGAAAAUUGGAGCAUGCCCAUCACACCUUCCCACUAAUCAUCCUUUGGCUCAUAUCUAUUUGGAGACGAAAUCAGCAAUAAAUGUUCAAAAAAGUUGUUUAAGAUCAUCAAACAAACACUUUGAAUAAGAUUUCAUUUGAUACUACCAGAUUUAGCAUAGCACUAUUUGCUAAUUAUGAGUUACAAACCCAUGGAAGCGUCUUCAGGUAAGUUUAGGACAGCCAUAAUUGUGUUGUUGAUUGGUGGGAUUCUGGGAUGGGUAUAUCAAGCACUCAAUCCGCCGCCGCCCAAACUCUGCGGCUCUCCCGACGGUCCACCGAUCACGGGGCCAAGAAUCAAGCUCAGAGAUGGCAGAUUUUUAGCUUAUAAGGAACAUGGUGUGCCCAAACACACAGCCAAAUACAAGGUCAUUUUUGUCCAUGGCUUUGGCUCUUGCAGGCAUGAAGUAGCCAUUGCAGCUUCGAAAGCUGCUGAGGAAUUGCAGGUGCACUUUGUGUCAUUUGACAGGCCGGGUUAUGGAGAAAGUGAUCCUGACCCGAAUAGGAGCAUCAGAAGUACAGCUCUAGAUAUAGAGGAGCUUGGUGAUCAAUUAGGUCUUGGAUCCAAAUUUUAUGUGUUGGGGUUUUCCAUGGGUGGGCAGAUUGUUUGGGGAUGCUUGAAGUACAUUCCUCACAGGCUGGCAGGAGCAGGACUAAUAGCGCCCGUGGUGAACUACUGGUGGCCGGGAUUUCCUGCAAGUUUAUCUGCAGAAGCAUACAAUCAGCAGUUCCCAGAAGACCAGUGGGCGCUUUGGGUUGCACACCAUGCCCCUUGGCUUGUCUACUGGUGGAACACUCAAACAUGGUUUCCUUACUCCAGUGUUAUUGCUGGCAGAGCCAACAUGUCUCGCCAAGACAAGGAAAUCAUUUCCAAGCUGCUUCCGGGCAAAAAAAUGAACAAGGAAUAUGUAACACAGCAAGGGCUAUUCGAGUCCCUGCAUCGCGACACAAUUGUUGGGUUCGGGAAAUGGGAGUUUGAUCCAAUGAAUAUCAGCAACCCUUUCCCCAACGGCGAAGGCUCUGUUCAUCUAUGGCAUGGCGUUGAAGAUGGGCUCGUGCCUGUCACGCUGCAGCGCUACAUUGCCGGAAAACUUCCAUGGAUACACUACUAUGAAGUGCCUGAAGGUGGGCAUCUGCUUGCACAUGCUGAGGGCAUGAAAGAGGUUAUUCUGAAGACAGUUUUGACAGGGGAGAAGUGAGAAUAGUUACUGUAUAUCUGCAAUUUAUCUUUCAAAAUAGGUAAAGUAUCUACACACAGUUUAUCAUAACUCAUUUUAAGGUACCAUAUUCUUUUGAGAUAAGAUAAGAUAUCAGUGACAGCUUUGAAAUGAAGCAUCAAUAGGACAAUUUGUAAGCUUGAAGUUUUAUAUCACUUUAUUGAUGGAAUCCAUCACAGAAAGUUAUUUCUGAA